GCUUUAGUCCGUGUCGCGACCUCGCGCCGAGGGGAUGUCGUUCUUCCUCGAGCGUUCAUCGCACGCCGUUUGCCUCCACGAUACGCGUACUCUUUACGUCCUUCUUUCUUUAUUUUUACACGCGUGCACGGUAUUACAACAGUGGACUCGUCGUUGCGUAUCCCUUGUACUUGAACCACGGCUACUUUGUCGCAUCUAGUCCAUCCUCGAGUUUUCUCUCUUAAUUUUCUUCCUUGCGUAUCAUCGUCAACGAUGAAGAAUUUUUUUUCAUCUCUUCAAACAAACGAGUAAAUAAUAAUAUACAUACUUUGUAGAGAAACUAGAGAAGAGAAAUAAUAACUAAAUUAAUCAAUAUUCUGUACAGUUCGUUCGUUGAUUUUCAAACAGUUGUUUCAAAAAACCGAAUAAUUCACGAUUCUUGUAAUACUGCAAGUGAUGAUUAUAAAUAACAACAGUGACAAUAUUGUUCGUUUUCUUUCCUCCACCGCCACCACCUCCUCCUCCUUUUCCCUCUUAAUCGUUAUCGGUGAUCAGUGAUUGAGUACAAUGCAUAAUAUAUAAUACACCACAUCCUCGUAUCGUAUAAUUUCGUAAUCCUUGUGAAAACCGCAGUGAUUGUAAGUUCGUUCAACGUUGCAAGUAGGUAUUAUACCCACACGCAUCUGUGUUGUAAAUUUAUCAUCAAUAUUCCGAUAUCAACCGACCACAUAUUCCAUGAAAAAACGACACCAGGCGUAUCCCGCGUCCACGUUUGCUUGUAAAAAAUCAUCGUUACACAAAUACGCACCGUGAAACGAUAUUGAAAUCGAUAAAUCAACCGGCUGGAUAAUUAAAUAAUAAUGGGAAGCGAGGCUGUCAAAAGUGGAAACGUCCGAUCGAGUACCGUCGUUGAUUCAGAUGGAUCCGAUACAUGGGAAGAUUUUUUCGGAACGUCAACGGACCUGGUACCGCAGCUGCUGGGAAUGUUCGACGAGAUUGUGCGUAGAGGGACGUCAAGCUGCAACAACCAUGCGGUAUUGCAAUCGACCUGCGGCAUACCGGUAGCGUUGCAAAAACGGUUGAGUUUGGUGUCACGUUCGUCGCAUCGAAGUUCACUUUUGAAUCCAUUAUACGUAACCGAUUCGGGAUCCCUGAUGUCGACAACGUCGUCGUCGUCGUGUUCGGUCGGUGGGUUGCAGAACGAGGACAACAAGAACCACCAGCAAAACCUUAAUCAUCAUCAUCAUCAUCAACAUCAUCAUCGUAACCACAAUAGUCAUAAUCGAGAAGCGAUGGAUUCCGCGAAAGAAACGACAACGACAACGUCGCCGACGGAAAAAGACUCCAGCAGGGUGGAGAUAACGUUGACCGACAACGGGGACGAUGAUGAAAAUACCAAAUCUGCAAGCAACGAUCGAUUGGAAGUGAACGAUGAAGAAAAAUCGCUCGACAAUAGAAGAGGAUCGGACAACGUGGUCAACGGUUCGAACGGAACAACCCAUCAGCUUCUCGACUAUCCAAGAAAUUCGACAAAUUCUGCCUCCUACAGCAACAACAGCAACGCAAAAACAACUCAAUCUGGUAACAAUGGAGGUCCGUCACCGCUAAGGUACAACAACAGACGAUGUAGAAGCGGCAACAAUACCAACGGUGGAUCCCGACCAUUGUCCGGAAGCUCAAUAGCUUCGAGUACAUCAUCGAGUGGUUGCAGUAACCAGGGUAUAGCAUCGGCGGUAAACCCCUAUUUAGCAUCGGUUGAAUCACUGGCCGAUACUUGCGCGAGUUCCCAAGGAUCUGCGGAUAGCGGCGUUGUUACGGUAUCGGAGAGUAUUUGUCGCGGCGAAGAGACCGGAGUGACCAACAGCAAUCUACAGCGGCGAGAUAGCGCGGAAAGGCCACCAUCCACUUACAACAAUCAACCGAGACCACGUUACAGCGAUCCGCAUCGCAACCCCGUCGAAAGAGUACUUCUGGAAAUUGUCGAUACCGAAGCCGUGUACGUCGAACAUCUGCGACAAGUGAUAGAGGGAUAUCUUAUAUUUUGGAGAGAUGACCCUUUGUCACUGGUGGACCAAGCUCAACUCUGCGAUUUAUUCAGCAAUAUCGAAGACAUUUAUGAAUUCAAUAGUGAGUUUCUCAAGGAAAUAAAAAAUUGCGGAUUGGAUCCAGUUUGCGUGGCCAAUACUUUCAUCAAACACAAUUCGGGGUUCGAGGUCUACACCGAAUACUGUACAAACUAUCCGAGAACGGUCGCUGUGCUGACGGAUCUGAUGGGUCAGGAACGAACUGCGAACGCGUUUCGAGAAAGACAAGCAGCCCUUGGUCACGCGUUACCUUUAGGCUCAUUCCUGCUGAAACCGGUUCAAAGAAUACUAAAAUAUCACCUUCUGUUACAGAACUUGUCGAAGGAAUGCGAUGCCGAUGUUGAGGAAAACGAGUUGACGAUAAGCGCCAUCGAGGGGGCCUUAGCUGCAAUGACGGGUAUUGCAAGGCAUAUUAACGUGAUGAAAAGAAAACACGAACACGCCGUCCGUGUUCAAGAGAUUCAAUCGUUACUCUACGGUUGGCCAGGACCAGACUUGACUACCAGCGGAGAAUUGGUUGCAGAGGGACGAUUUCGAAUGCGAGGAGCAAAAGCACCUAGACACGCGUUUCUCUUCGAUAGAAUGCUUUUACUUACGAAGAAAAAAGAAGACGGACUACUGGUCUACAAAGCUCACAUUGUGUGUUCGAAUUUGAUGCUCAUCGAAAGCAUUCCCGGAGAGGCGCUCAGUUUUCAUGUUAUUCCUUUCGAUAAUCCUCGUCUCCAAUACACGUUGCAGGCUCGCAACUUGGAACAGAAACGCGAAUGGACGAUGCAAAUAAAAAGGGUGAUUCUAGAAAAUUAUAACGCAGUCAUUCCCUCGCAUGCCAGACAGCUAGUGAUGCAACUUGGACAGACGCAACCCGAAGACGAAGGUACGGCGGAUAAGGGAUCGGCGAAAAAACAACAUUCGGCACCUCCUGAAUAUUUAGAGAAAAGAAAACAGGAGAGAGAGAGACGCAAGCCUGAAACUGGCCUCAGAAACAAGUUGCGAAAAAGUGGACGUAAAACCGAACCUAACGUGUCCGCCAUCGAGGUGAGCACGGCAAUUUGGCACAAUGUGAUACUUCCUCAACUUGACACAUGUAACAAUCUUUCCUCUUCUAACCUUUGGGUCAAGGACAUGCCGAGUACCCUGAGUAAAAAUCAGUCCACAGAGUCGAUAACGAGUAACGGUCGAGACCAAAGUCUGAACAGAUCCGCCGACGGUCGUUCUUUGAAAGUCAAGGACCGUUUUGCAAGUUGGCGCAGAAAGUCUGAACCCGGUUUCCAGUCAUACGUAUCGUUGAAUCGGUCGGACGAAGAAGAAAAGGACAGCGAAACUUGCACCGAGGAGACGUUGGUCGACCCAGAACCUUACGAGUUACCGGACGACGUAGAGAUCGCGGAAGAAGCUACACAGCUAUUGAACAACAGCAAUAAUUCUUCUGUCCCGCCACCUCUCCCUUCAAACCCUCCUGCGACGACGAUUACCAAAGAUAAAAAUAAAGAUAACCAAGAGCAGCAAGCGCAGCAAACAAUGGAGGAGAUAGUUGGUCACAUAUUGAUGCAAAAUCGAGACUUUCAAAAAUUAUUAGAGAAGCAGAGAACGAGUAGCAUUAUAAACAUGCGUCAGCAGCAGCGUUUCAAUAAGCACAUGCUCUCCGUCGAUACGUCGGACAGUGAGACGGAGAACGAUACUGCCAAUAAUAAUAACAACAACAACAAUCACAGGGGUACAAGAUCGAUGCGAUUGACUAGACGCGAGCAAAGAUUGGUGAGAGCUAACAAUGCCAGGAAUUCAACGUCGCCUCCGCCGCGCGAAGAUCACCACACAAGUUUGCAGCUUCGUUACGAUAAUCUGAGAGUAGAAAAUGAUCAUGAAAGCGAUUUGUCGGCGUCGUCUGUUAAAAAUUGUACGAAUCGAAUAAGCGAGAAACGUGCGAUAUUCGAAGCAUUUAAAAAACAGAGUAUCGUCACCGAGAGUAAAGUGAUACAAACCGCGCUUCGUAUCAGGGAAAAUUCGACAGUGGAAACUGAACGAGAGGACGUGAAAAAGGAGCCUAUAUAUGAGACCAUUCCUGGCGAAGACGAGAUUAGGAAACCGGAUGAAGAAGAAGAGGAUGAUGCUGCCACCAAGGGUGCCAAAAGUAACGACGAGUCCAAAGGUUUCGGCAACUACGAUAACUUGCAAAGAGUUUGGGAAGGCGUAAGGCAACAGGACGAGGAAAUCGACGGAGGUGAUAGUCCGACAAGGCCGGCUGUUUGGUUAACGAAAUUGUGCGAAGGCCUGCCUACGACAACGCAAAAGUCUGGUUCGCUGCCUAGAAGUUUCCAGAUAAAUCCUCACGACAAUCCUUCCUACCCGCAAGUAACGAAGUCGAGAUUCUUGCAGAGGGAUGGAAAACCGAUGAGCGAACGACCGUUUACAAUAGCGUCAGAUAAACCAGCUGAAAUCAACCUCGAGGACAUGGAGAGAUACGUAUCGUCCUGUCAACCGGAAGGUAGAAUUGCAAAGUUCCCAACAUCGACGUCUACGUCGACGUUUUUCUACUCCCUUGACGAGGACUCUUUCACCGAUGCCUAUUCUGAAAUUCAAUCGUCAACAUCCGCCAGCGCAAACGUUCAUCCUGACCACAAGAUUUACAGGGCGAGUUUAAGCACCGGAACGUUGUUGAAAAACGUAUUUUCAAAGAAGGGAAGUAUACUGCAUGGACUUAGGUCAACGGAGAGUAUUGAGACUCUUGGAUGCAGCGACGAGGCUGAGAGAGUCAGACAAUUUGGAACGAUCGGCAGUAACAAGGUGAAAAAGAAGAGUAAAUCUAAAUCUUCGAGGGAAAGUUCGUCGGACGUUGAUGAAAUGAUGAGCGGAUGCGUCGCUGGAGGGAACAACGGAUCUUCGUCGAAAUCUGCGUUGAAAGUUCCUUCCGUUUAUUACAAACAGGGAAGCUCCGGACUUGGUGCUCGCAUAGCACAAUCCGACUACGCAGAUCCUACUUUACUUUUUGGAGAUAGUAUUAUGAAGCGUACCGCGAGUGUUGGUGAUGGCUUGGAAUUCAAGAUGGAAUUAUCGGAGGAUAAAAAUGGUGACAAGUUUAUUUUAGAGCAUAGAGAAAAUGAGGCGGAUAGUUUUUACGAAAAGUCUUUCGAGACGAUAGAAAAUUACGUAAAUCCCGAAACGGAAGAAGUGUUCAGGGACAGUGCAAUAUUUAGUGAUAUGGACGAGGCGAUAUCGGCCAAGACUGCACAACCUACUUCGGCUAUUAUUUAUAAAAAAAUUCCUCCAGCUGUGCCAAAAAUCGCUCCGCCAAUUCCGGUGAAACGUAAACCGGAAAUAUCAACACCCCCAAAAGUAUUUGCGAAAGUUGAAAAAUCAGAGGGAAAAGUUAAGCCCGCGGUUGCUCGAAAACCUAAUUACCUAAAAGUGAAGAGUGUCUUCCAGAGCGAACUGGAAAACACUGUUCAAAAGUCUUUGAGGAAAACUACUGGAACGCUGAACCGUAGUAACGUUGAGUUGCAUGAAACUAUUAACAGCCAGGAGAAACAAAUUGAGGGGGAUGAUGUUUCGGCAGGCCAGAGCCGAGCAGGUUGGGUGCGUAAAAUUGUCGGUCAAUUACAAGGUCAAGACGAUGCAUUUAGCUGGUGCGCGAGAAAUCCUAAACGGCGUCUAGUAUCCAUCAAUCAGAAGAAGAAAAUGUCGCUGUUCAAUAAACCGAAAAGGAACAUUCGGCGGCGGCCUUUUAACGAGGAUGAUGAAGAUAACGAAAACCGCAUGGAUUCAAACGAGGAUUCACAAUCCUCGAAACUUAAACCCAAGAAGAAGGAUAAACCUAAACAAACGCUCCUCAGCUUCGGAGAGGAGCUUGAUGAAGCCGACGACGGAGAAGUAUUUAAAGUGAAGAAAUCGUCAAGAAGCAAAAAGCUGAUGAAACAGCUUGACCACGAGCGGAAAAAAAAGAAAGGUGAAGAGAAAAUGCAAGUGGACUCUGAGCAAGCGAACAUGUCCGUUAAACAGGAAAAAGAUUUAGAAAUAAAGACAGACGAUCUAGUAGUGAAAAUAAAAAAUACCAAUCCACUGAUAUUGAAUGGAAGAGCUGCCCUCGUCGCUGGCAAAGAUGACUAUACGUCCGAAGAGGAGGAAGAUGAUGCGAGUAACCAUAAAUUUCGAAAAAAUACAGACAGAGCUGACACCAUGAAGAUACUUCUGGAGAGUGGAUGUAUACCCGAUGCUGCAAUGAUUCACGCCGCACGAAAGCGUAGGCAAAAAGCAAGGGAAUUAGGGGGCGAAUUCAUACCUAUAGAGGAGCAGAGGGAAGAGAAAGGAAAAUCCAGACUUGUCAGGGAAGAAGAUCAUGACAGAAGCGAUGAUGAAGAUUCUCAAGAUCGAAUCGACAUGACAGUAAAUACAGACGCACGUGACAAAGAGAAAAGGCGGGAAGCUUUUUUCGCUUCUCAACUUCGAGAGAAAUGUACAGUUUCAGAUAACGAAAGUGAGCAUGGUAACGAAGAGGAAGAAUGGGAAGCACAACAAAUCAGGAAAGGUGUAACCGGAGCUCAGAUUGCUGCUGCCCAGCAAGAUUCGAUGCUUCAACAACAGUAUUCGAUGGGUAUAAAUGUUGGGCAAAUAAUCGCGCCAGGAUUACCUCUCGAAAUGGCGAUGAUGCCAGCUCCGCCACCUCCGCCUUCCUUACAUCCGCCGGAUCCCACAAAAGUCGUACCUGUUACCCCGCAAGAAGUUGCCAAUAAAAUGCGUGGAAGGCUGGAGAGUCUGCGAGAGGUGUGCAGACGUCAUCUUCUAGAUCGGGAUCGGGUAAUCGAGGAAUUGAUACAAACUCACAAGGAACUGGAGGAAGGUGAAGCACGAGCGCCACAACUUGCACAGCGCUUCAGAUAUUACCAAGAGUUGCGUGGGUAUGUCACUGACUUGGUAGAGUGUCUUGAUGAGAAGCUGCCUCUGGUGAUCGGAUUGGAAUCACGCUGGCUAGAUCUUUAUGGAGAACGUUCAGCGGAGCUGAUGGAGAGGCGGAGACAAGAUACUCGCGAUCAAGCCGAAGAGAUCACUUCUGCCUCCAGGAGUCAAGGAACUCUCAGAAGAGGCGUUGAAGACGAAACAAGAAUCCGACGAGCUACAGAGAGGGAAGGUAGAAGAGCUCGUCGGAGACGAGCUAGAGAAUUAGCAUCCACCUUGCCGAAACACAUUGAUGGUAUGUCAAGUGAUGACGAAGUUACCGAGCAGCAAAAUCUUGCAUUUAAGCAGGAAAGAGACGAUAUCGACAAUGAGUGCAGCGAUGUAUUUUCAGACGUUGUUGAUGAAUUUUGUACAGUUCGUGGAAUUCUAUCAAAAUUAGAACAAUGGCGAGAGACUGACAUAGUCGCUUACACCGAAGCUUACGUUCCUCUUUGUAUACCCAAGAUUAUAUGUCCAAUUAUAAGGCUGCAACUUGUUACCUGGAAUCCAAUCAUGGAAAGCGUUGACUUGGAAAGAACAAAGUGGUACAACACGUUGCUCCUCUAUGCCCUGGACAAUAAAGAAACAGAAGACAGUUUGAAAAGUGAUCCUGAUGUCAGGCUGGUUCCAUUUGCAAUCGAAAAAAUUGUUCUCCCGAAACUUACACUGAUUGUCGAAAAAAUCUGGGACCCCAUGUCGACGUCUCAGACUCUGAGAUUAGUAGGCACAGUGAGCCGUUUAAUCAGAGAUUAUCCGAACCUUACCGAUCAAAGCAAACCAUUACUAACGCUUUUCACAGCCAUCUUAGACAAGAUGAAACUGGCUGUAGAGAACGAUGUAUUUAUACCAAUAUUCCCAAAGCAGCUUUUAGAUACUAAACAUCAAUUUUUCCAAAGACAAUUCUCAAUGGCAGUUAAACUGCUUCGCAAUUUGCUUAGCUGGCAAGGACUGAUCGGAGAUACUCCGUUGAAAAACUUGGCUCUGGGAUCACUGUUGAAUCGGUAUCUUUUAGCUGGUUUAAGAGUGUCGUCCGCAGUUGAUGCCCUUACCAAAGCUAACAUGAUAAUGAGCACUCUUCCACGGGCUUGGCUACAGGGUGAAACGAUAGAUCAUCUGAAAAUGUUUGCCGUUCUCAUUCAGCAGCUCAGUGAACAACUGGAUCAGGCCAAUCCGAGCCAUAAUGAGGCGUGGGAAUAUUCUAAGUCGAUCCUGAAAAUAAUCAAACCUUCAUAGCUUACAGAAUUAGAAAUGUUUGAAAGUUUCAACCAAGUAAUCAACGUUUCAUCACAUCUCAUAGAUAGAUUAAUAAUUGUAACUGUAAUUUUUUAUGACAGGAUUCAAUCUUGAAUAGUUAUUGUAAGAUAUUGAAUAAUAAGAAAUUAUUCAAUCAAACCAUGUAAUGACCCCCCGCCUAUGAAAUAACAUGAAAAGACACAGUUCUGUAUAGACACAGAAACCAUGCAAAAUUGAAAUAGCGUAAACGGUUCGAGGUUAAUGCAACAUAAACGGGAAUAACUUCUCCACGUGUUUUGUAAAUAUUUAUAAUAUUAAUACUAAUAAAAAUGACAAAAAUAAUAAUAAUUAACUGAUUUGAGAAAUGAAUAUUCGCUCUUCUACAAUGAUUGAUAUGCUUAAAAUGAUACGUAAUAUAGGUGAAAUAUCAGGUCCAUUACGAUAUUUGAUUAUCGAUGAUGCGAAAUUUGUCUAAAAUGUCUGGAUUUAUUUUGCGAAAUUAAAACCAAUUUCUUUGUAGUAUA